AUUUGGGGAAAAGGGUUUUGCUUUUUCAGUGUUUUCCCUUCCGGGUUCAAUACCCUAAUUUUUUUCAUCUAUUUCCUUGAUUUUCCUAUUCCGAUCAUUUUUUAUAAAACACUUACUUCUUUUUUGGUGUUGAUUCUCUUUUUCAUUCGUGAUUCUUGUCUUAUGCAAGACCCAGGCUUCAAUUCCGCAGGUAGAAGUCAGAAGAGAAGAAGAGUGUUCGGGAAAGUUUUGAUUCGUAUUCGCAAUUUUGGUACACCUUUGAUUUCUGGGUCUUCGGGCUUGCCCUUGGAGUCGGUUCUUAUCGAACCAGACCGACCGUACACAAUCGGCCGAAGUGAUAGGUUAUGUGAUUUCGUCUUCAGACAUGGAACCAUCAGUAGAAAACAUUGUCAGAUUCUAUUUGAUAGCCAAAGUCGUAAACUUUACAUUUCGGAUGGCGUCAUUACCUUGACUUCUGCUAGUUUUAGUUCUAGUGUUGAUGAGUUUAGAAGAAGAUUGAUCGGCGUCGAUGAACUGGAGAAAGGAGAUGAGGAUUUGGGAAGUUUGGAAAGUAGGGUUUCUUUGAAUGGGGUCUAUGUUAAUCGUGUUAGGGUUAGGAAGGACACGGUUCAGGAACUUUGGACUGGCGAUGAGGUUUUGUUUGUCUGUGGAAACGAAGGAUUGUGCCUUAAACAGUUUCGAGUUGGAUUUGUGGUUCAAGAGAUUGUUUUUGGAGAAAGAGAUGCUUCGAUUUCGGAAGAUAGGUGUCGCAUGGUUUUGGCAUCAGCCUCCUCAGGGCAUUCUCGAGGAACUUUUUCCAGUGGGAAGAGAAGUAAAAGGGUUUUCGCUUUGAAGGAAGACGGAAUCAAUUCUCCAGUUUCUGGGGUUUCUACACUGAAACAUGUGGGCGAUCUUACAAGGGUGAAUUCUCUUCUAAGCUAUUGUAGGCAUAUACUGGAUAGUGAUAAUCCUGUAUCUUGCCUUAGGCUAUGUGUUAUGUCAGAUCCCAGAAAGGAAGAAUGCCAAUCCUGUUGUGCAACCAAAUUAUUAGGAUCAAAAGUAGGUUUGGCAGCAAAAAAUAGUGAGAAAUGUGUUGAGGUUUCCGAGAAGGAGCAAGGUUUAUGUGAUUUAAGGGUGAGUGAUGAAUGCUCAAACCAACUGUCGGGUACAACACCAGAAGCUUCAAACUUGAUUGGUAAAGUAGAAAAAUUCAUAGUCCCUCGUGUUGCUAUCAGUGAUAAGGCUAGGGCUACUUUUCCCAAUAAUGGGGAAAAGGGAAAUGCUCGUUCUGUUGAUUGUGCCGACAAGGAUAAAAGUCACCAAUGUUCCCCGCCAUCAUCUGGGAAGAACUUUUUUCUAAACCGCCUUCAGUGUAAUGGACAGAAAUUUCCGGGUUGUCAACGGGUUGUUUCCUUGCCAGAACUUUUUCACCCUGUGGAAAACAUUUCUCAAAUCUUCAUUGCAACAUUUACAAGUGAUAUCUUAUGGUUUCUGUCUUUCUGUGAGAUACCUAGCCAUAUGCCCGUGACUAUUGCAUGUCAUAACGCUGAGAGAUGUUGGAAGUCGAGCCUUGAUGCAAGAGUAUCUGCUCCUUGCCCAGAUUACCCAAAUUUAUCUGUAGUAUUUCCUCCAUUUCCUGAAGAAAUUGCAUUUGGGGGAGAUCGCAAGAAGCACGGCAUUGCUUGCCAUCAUCCUAAGUUGUUUAUUUUGCAAAGAGUAGAUAGCAUUCGUGUAGUUGUUACAUCUGCAAACCUAGUAGCAAGACAGUGGAAUGACGUGACCAACACAAUUUGGUGGCAAGAUUUUCCUCGAAGAAAAAAUCCUGUUUAUUUAUCCCUUUUUGGCCAGCAUGAAGGAGAUGUAAGUUCUGGUUUAAGCUCAGAUUUUGGUGCUCAACUGGCUGGCUUUGUCGCGUCACUUUUGGCUGAUGUUCCAAGUCAGGCCCACUGGAUCAUCGAGUUCACAAAGUACGACUUUGAAGGGGCAGCAGGUCAUCUUGUGGCUUCAGUGCCCGGAAUUCAUUCUUAUAGGCCAUCUCAUCUGACAGACUCUUUUUGCCUGCAUCCGGCCAGUCAUAUUUCACAGUCAUACGAUGAAGACUUUCUGGGAUCUGUUGAAACAUCCGUAGUUGGUCUCAGUUACCUUUUCCGUGCUGCCACAGAUUCGAUGGGGGCACAACUAAAAAGACUGGCUUCUUAUCUCAGUAGAAGUCGAGAAAAUUCUCUCGGAAUGCUUGAACUUGUUUUGAGAAGAAACACUAAUGUGCCUGCUGAUGCAAAUGCUGUUGGUAUUCUUGUUCCCAAUCCCGAUGAUAACUCCAAAGAUGAUUGUGUCCAGUUAGGCUUUCUGCCAAAGAAUGUUGCAAAAUGGGUUUCUCCUUUGUGGGAUAUUGGAUUCUUUAGAUUUGUGGGCUACGUAUAUCGCGAUGAAGUCCUUGGAGCGGCUUCUCGUAGGAGCAACCAGAAGGUGCAACUAACGUUGCAUGUAUUACAGGGGGUGUCCUUUUCAGACAUGUCAAAACUGAUUCAACCACUUCAUGCAGUGGCAUUAUGCUCUCUGAUCGCUUCACUUCAGCGAUGUAUCGGUAUGUGGAGGCUGCAAGAGAUUGUAGGACGGUACAAGUGGCCUGAAUCCCAAGAAUCUGACUUCACCUACAGUUCAUCCUCCAUUGGUGGCUCAGUGAAUGCAGAAUUUCUAGCUGCAUUUUCAUCAGCUGCUGGGAAAAAGGCCCUGCAGAAUUUAGACUCCCAAGAGUCUGACCCAGGGUGGGGCUGCUGGACUGCUAGUGAAGAACGGAAAGCUCCCUCUAUUAGAGUUUGCUUUCCAACCAUUGAUAGAGUCAAGAGCUCUCAUGAAGGUGUCAUAUCCUCAAAGCGUCUACUUUGUUUUUCUGAGAAAACCUGGCAGAGGUUGAGGCACGACAACAUUCUUCAUGAUGCAGUUCCCAAUCCUCAUGAUAGAAUUGGGUACCCUAUGCAUAUCAAGGUGGCUAGAAGGCGUUUCACCUCCAGGACGAAUUCUUCGUCUUCCUUUGGUUGGGUUUACUGUGGCUCACAUAACUUUAGCGCAGCUGCUUGGGGACAGACCAUACACAGAUCAUCGAGGAGCAAGGAGGAUGAAUCCUACAACGGUGUCAGAUCUUCUUCUUCAGGGUUGAUUAAGCUUCGUGUCUGCAACUACGAACUCGGGAUUGUCUUCGUUUUCCCGCCACCCCAUGAUGAAGAAACGGGCUCGAGCCACAAGAACAGCGAAAGGUCUGAGCUUGAUGACAUCGUGUUGCCUUUUGCGGUCCCGCCUCCGAAAUAUGGGCCUAGUGACAAGCCGGCGACUGGUUUGGCUAUGAGGGAAGCUCUGGCUGAGGUUAUGGAAGGUUCUAGAAGUUUCGAUGGCGCAGUUGAAGCGAUGAAGGAAGAAGAGGUGGCUGAGGAAGAAGAAGAAGAAGCCGGAGAAAGAGGAGAGUGUGUUAUUAUAGAGGAGAAGGAAGAGGAAAAGACUUAUGCCGAGACACUGUGGAGGAGCCAUGUCGAUUCGUCACUGAGCUGCUGAAAACUAGGUCAUUUGGGGAACAAGGUUGCUUGCGUCUCAAGCAACGAGAAUGCCUUUCCUUCUCUAGAACCUGUAUGUAUCGAUGUGUAUAUUCAUUGGGUGGGUGGGGUCACAUCUCGCUUGUGUGUAUAUGCAAAUUAUCAUUUGCUCAUGCAUUGUAUUUCGGAUACUUGGAAAGAACAUAUACGUGUGAAAGAAACGAGAGACGUUGUAUCCAUAAGUAGAAUUUUUAUUAGAAACAAAAUUUCAUAAGCUUCUACUCCUUCAACAUGGAGAGAGAGAGCUUCAUAUA